CUCGGCAUUAUUUGUUUCCACAAUAAAAGGAGAGAAUAAAUAUAUGCAUCAUUCGAUCAAUCGGGAUAUUUAAUCCCAGAUUAGAAUCCGAUAAGAAAGCAAGGCAACGAAUUUCCAAAGAUAUAAACACUUGUCUGAUUGUUGCUUUUAAAUAAAGUCAAUCAAGGUAAUACGCGGUUCAGUCUCGGUUUAUGGUCUCGGCAAUUAAGCAUGCAGUCCCUCGUACAGACGAUGCGCAUUCUAAUGCUAACACAAGCUAUCCUAUUCAUCCUUCUUGGACUUAGUCGAGCGGAAGGUAUUGCCACGAACAAUGGGAGCGCGCUGAGAAAAAUCGUCUACGAGAUGGACAUCGACAAUCUCAUUGAUGAGAAUAUAGAAAGGAUUCGAGAAGUAGUAUCGGAAUUGGACCCCAUCAAGUUGGACAACGUGAAAUUCCCUGUGACGUCAUCCAUUUACAUGCUUCUUUAUGACGGCUGGGCACAAAACUUAGCAGAGUUACAGCGCGCUGGCAAGUGCAAGAUAAGGUACUCGAACAAAAAGCUCGACAUCGAUUUGAACUUAGGAUGGGACAACCUUGUCUUCGAUUACCAAUACCUAAUCAAAAUGUUGUUGCUCAAGAGAGAAGGUGAUUUGCACGGUCAGAUGACCAAGUUGAACAUGCAUAUCAAUAUGAGAGUCGACUUCAAUAACUAUCAGAUUACACUGAACGAACUCGACCUCGUGGAGAAUGGCAACAUCAGUUUGACUCUAGUAGGCCACCGCCUCGACUACAUCUACAAUUUGGCGAUCAAAGCGGCUAUUCGCGCGUUCCGCGACAGUUUCUUGAAUACUAUCAGGAAAGAAAUAGAAUGGAUGAUCCUGUACCGAAUAAGCAAGCUCAACAUCAAGCUCAAUUCGAUCAUACACAGAUCUCAAUUCACGUUCGUCGACUCCAGCAAAAAUCUACCAUGACUAGCAGAUCACGAGCAAUACCGUCGAUGAUGAUCAUCAUGUUGAUUUUCGAUUGUUGCAAUAAAAAUAUCCUUGAUACAUCUCUUGUCUGUCAAAUCAUAUGUAAUAAUCAAU